AUGGGUCAAGGUCAAUCCGGCAUGGGAGGUGGUGACGGCCGUGACGAAAAAGACAAGAAGAAGGACAAGCCCAAGUACGAGCCUCCCCCAAGGCCCACGACUCGAGUUGGUCGCAAGAAGAGAAAGGCCGGUGGUACUAGCGCCGCCGCCAAGCUGCCAGCCAUCUACCCUACCAGCAGAUGCAAGCUCCGACUACUGCGAAUGCAAAGGAUCCAUGACCACCUCCUUUUGGAGGAGGAGUACGUCGAAAACCAAGAGCGACUGCGAAAGGCCAAGGCGGCCAAGGAGGGAGCCGCUGUCGGACCAGAUGCCGACGUAGACAGACUAGCCGACGAGCGGGGGCGAGUAGACGAUAUGCGAGGAAGUCCAAUGGGCGUUGGAACACUGGAAGAGCUUAUUGAUGACGAUCAUGCGAUCGUUAGCAGCACCACCGGCCCAGAAUAUUAUGUCAGCAUCAUGAGCUUCGUCGACAAGGACCUCCUCGAGCCGGGUGCAAGUGUCUUGCUGCACCAUAAGACUGUCAGCAUCGUCGGUGUCCUCACAGAUGACACCGAUCCCAUUGUCAGCGUCAUGAAACUCGACAAGGCUCCAACAGAAUCGUACGCAGAUAUCGGUGGUUUGGAGUCCCAGAUCCAGGAAGUCAGAGAAUCAGUUGAGUUGCCACUGCUCCACCCCGAGCUGUAUGAAGAGAUGGGCAUCAAGCCGCCAAAGGGCGUCAUUCUCUAUGGUGCUCCUGGAACGGGAAAGACGUUACUCGCCAAGGCCGUCGCCAAUCAGACGUCCGCCACCUUCCUUCGCAUUGUUGGCAGUGAGCUGAUCCAGAAAUACUUGGGUGAUGGUCCUCGCUUGGUUAGACAGCUCUUCCAGGUUGCGGGUGAAAAUGCACCUUCAAUUGUAUUCAUUGACGAAAUCGAUGCUAUUGGCACAAAGCGUUACGAAUCAACGUCUGGAGGUGAACGAGAAGUGCAGCGAACCAUGUUGGAGCUUCUCAACCAGCUCGAUGGUUUCGACGACCGUGGCGAUGUCAAGGUCAUCAUGGCAACCAACAAGAUCGAUACGUUGGAUCCUGCCCUGAUCCGACCAGGACGUAUUGACCGCAAGAUUUUGUUUGAGAACCCCGACCAAAACACCAAGAGAAAGAUCUUCACCCUGCACACAUCCAAGAUGAACUUGAACGAUGACGUCGACCUGGAAGAGUUCAUCUCGCAAAAGGACGAUCUCUCCGGCGCAGACAUCAAGGCAAUUUGCUCGGAAGCUGGUAUGAUGGCUCUACGAGAGCGGCGCAUGCGCGUACAAAUGGCGGAUUUCCGUUCUGCCAGGGAGCGUGUGUUGCGUACUAAGCAGGAGGGCGAGCCUGAGGCCCCCCCACGAUCAGGUCGUUCCACUCCCUGGCCCGGCCGCUCCCUAAUCCUCCGCCUUGACGUCCUCGGGCCCGACAAGGCCCCCCUGCUUCCCGUUGCCCUGCAGCCGCUGCGCGGGUUCGCGUUCGCCAGACACCGCCCGCCGGUAGAGCCACCUCGCGACGAGGAAACCGCCCACGGCCCAGGCGCACACCAGGACGGCAACAGACGACGUCAGCAGCAGCGUGGGAACGAGGACGAGCAGCGCAACGCCGAUCCAGAACAGCGCAAAGACGACGGCGGCGCUGAGGCCGAACGCGACGGUGCAGAGGCAGACGGUGGCGAACAGGAGGAGCGGGAAGAAAGAUAG